AUGUUGUCAAGCAGCCGCCGCUACAUACUCUCCUCUCUCCAGAGGAGGAUGAUGAUGUCUUGUUCUUCUUCUUCACCAAAACCAUAUCCGCUUGGGAGGGAUCAUCCCGGGAAGCAACGGCCUGAGAAGCGCAUCACGAUUCUCCGUGGUCCAUCAGCAAUAUCUUGUCGAGUUCAGUUCCUGAUAGAAGAUAUUGGAGACCUUGACGUUGCAGCCAAGCACGCCCGGCGAGUUGCUGCGUGGAAGGAGAAGAUGUCACCCGACAGUGCCAACAGAAUCUGCAAUGCGAUCAUAGGCGCCAUGUGCGACGCAGGGCGGUCAGGAGACGCCAUUGAUCUCUUCGAUUUCUUUUUCAACAAGUCAAAGAUGAAACCAAAAAUCUCUUGCUGCAAUCUAAUCAUCAAAUCCCACUGCGAGCAAGGCCGUCUCGACGACGCUCUAGGCCUCUACACUCACCUCUUGGAAAACACUCCUCGUCCCGACCACAAAACGUACGACCUCUUGACCAAAGCCCUGGUCGAUGCCGGAAAGAUAAACCAAGCUCUGGAUCUCUUGUUGGAAGGAAGAAGGGUCCUGUUCAAUUUCCUAGAGCCAGGCAUGUACAUGAACCUCGUCCGUGGCUACUUGGAACAAGGGAAUCUCGACAUGGCGUAUCAGCUCCGGGACGACUUGACCACCUGUACCUUACGCAACAAAAUCGCUGUACUCGACUCCGUGUUUGUGGAGCAUUUGUUCAAGCAAGGCAAGGACGAGGAGGCUGUGGAGCUAUACAGACGCUCAGUGAUCAAGGAUGGCUUCACAGCAGAUGGAACUGUUGGUAAUCCCUAUCUUGAAUUAUUACUCAAGUACGGCCAGAAAAAACAAGCCUGGGCAUUGUUCCAGUAUAUGCUUGACAAUUACCAACCCUGCUUUGGGUUUAACCAAGAUACCGUCAAUAUGAUGGUGAACGAGUGUUUCGAGAUGGGACGGUUCAGCGAUGCGCUCGACCUUUUCAACAAGGCAAACGCAACGAUCGACCACAGGCUUCCUGCUGGAGCAUACAGGAACAUUAUUACAAAGCUGUGUCAAAACGGGAGGUUGUCCGAUGCUGAGACUAUGUUUAGUGGAUUACUCAAAAAAAGACUCUACUAUGUACCAGAUGUUGAAACCUAUAAAGCAAUGAUUCGUGCUUAUGUUGAGUCUUCAAGGGUUGAGGAUGCGGUUCUAACCGCUAACAAGAUGAUCGCUUCUAGACUCGACAGGGCCACUCAUAUGUUUUUCUAGUUUAGUUUGUUUUUUUUUUUUUUGGUUUCAAAAGAAUCCCCUUUUUCGGCACGCUCUGC